UCCGAAGGUAGUCGGUGCGGGACUGUUUUGUUUAAAUAUGGCGGAUUGUUGACAAUAAAAUAAUAAUAAAAAACAACAGAAAAUAAUCGAUAAGCGAGAGUGAUGCCUCCAAAAAAGCCUGUGCCAGCCAAGGCCCCGGCAAAGCCUGUGGGUCGGGGAGCGCCAGCAGGAAGAGGGGUGCCGGCUGGUAGAGGAGCACCAGCCGGAAGAGGGGCUGCAAGGGGAGGGGCUGCUGGACGCGGAGCACCUGCGAAGAAAGGCGCAGCCCCAGCACAAGCAAAUAAAAAGCCAGCAACAGAAGCAAAGCCAAAGGAAAAGGUUUGGACAAAGCAAGAUGAUGCAGCUAGAACAAUACAGACCAAGUUUAGACAGUACAGAGCCAAGAAAGUGCUUGAUAAGAAAAAGAAAGAAAAACAAGACUAUGAAGAUCUAAUGGAUAAACUUGAGAAAGAGGCAUUUAUAAAGAUGGUCCAAAUGGAGCAGGAGAAGGCAGAGAAGCAGCGACUGAAGGAGGAGGAGGAACGGAGACGGAAACGUGAGGAGAAACAGCGCAUGAAGAGGAUGCUGGAGGCCGCGUUUGAUGGAGAUGUUGAUGAGAUGGCCACCAUAUUGAAGGAGGUUGCCGAGGCAGACAACAAGCAGGGUGUGGGUGAUGAUGUAAUAGGGCGGGCAUUGCGAGCGAAACACAUCAUGAAAGUGGUCGAGUGCGAGGAUGCUAAUGAGAACUCUCCUGUCUCGGAGGCUGCAAGUGGGGGUCAUGUGGACGCCAUCAGAUUCCUCCUGGAGCGAGGAGCGGACCCAAACAAGCAGGGCCAGUUCCUGAGGUCACCACUAUACAGGGCUGCUUUUGCUGGCCACCUGGAGGCUUGUGAGGUGUUGCUACAAAACGGUGCUGAUCCCAGAAUAUAUGCGUCUGACAGCCAAACACCUGACCAGAUAGCGUCAGUUCCAGCCAUUCAAGAACUAGUACAGGGCUGGGACCUCGAGCAGACCGACUCAUUACUCCAGAAACUGGAAACUGAGAAGGAACGGCGCAAGGAGAUGGACCGGCAGAAACGAGAGGCUGAGACCAGCAAACUGGAGGAUGUUGUAAAGAAAGUUGAAGAGGAAUAUGAUAUAGCUCAGAAGAAGUACCAAUACUCCUACUGUGAGUUACAGAAGAGAAUCACGGAGCACGACCAGGCCCCUGCAAUGGGCUUUACCAAGCCGGAAAUCACCCUUCAGGCAAUUCAUGACCAGGAGCUGGAGGUUGAGACUACCAAGAUUGACCUGGAGAAGGCGCGGGACAAACUUGCCCAGGCUAAACUCCGACUCCGUGAACAGAUGAAGGGAGGGGAAGAUAUGGAUGAUGAGGAUCUUCCGGGGGUUAAGGUCAACAUUCGGGAGCUGGAUGACGUCCUCAUGAGAGACAUUGGCAACCGGAUAGCAGAUUCCGGCAAAUGGCCGCUUAUUAUAGACCCGAGUGGCCAGGCCGGUACAUUCCUGCGAUAUAGAGAUACAAACUACAUCAACACACUGAGUCCGGCCCAGAUGGAACCAGAGAAGAUACGCUUGUCUGUACUUGGAUCUGUCAGAUUUGGUAAGCCAUGUGUGCUGGACAUGAUGGAGGUGGAUAUGUUCCACGCUGUCGAGAUACGUUUUGACGAGGUCUGCCCCGGACUGGUCAACAUGAUGAUGGAUAAGACAAUCAUGCAGGAAGAAAAUUACCUCAAGUUAGUGAAGGAAAGUGACCCAGCAGAUUAUCAGAAGAACAAGUUCAACAACUUCAGAACAGCCAACUUCAAAGUGUACAUCAUCACAAAGAAUAUCUUACCUCCAGAGAAUUUACUAGAUAGAACGUACCCAAUCAGAAUUGUGGUACCGACAUGAUACUCACACACAUUAGAGUAAAUUUUCUGCGACAAUUAUUUCUUACCAUAACUGUUGUAUGAUUUCCAUUAUCAGAAAAUUUACUUUGUAGCACAUGACACAUUAUCAGAUGUGCAGCUAAAAAUCUUUUAUAAGUAUAAUAUUAAUUUGCUCAAUCUUCAUACUAAGCCAAGUGUCAUUACUGGUUGAGAACCUAAAACUGAGUCAAACCUAAAUCCUGGCCAACCCUUCUAGAGCACUUCAACAGCCUCAAUUUAUUAUUGAAACAAUUCCUAUCAAAAAGAACCUGUCCAAAAAGGAAUUUCCGGGCUACAUUUUCAUUAAAAAAAAUCAAUUUUCAAAUGAUUCAUUUUUAAUAAAAGUGAAAAACAUGAAUAAGAAACAAAUGAUUGUUCAUAUCAAAUAUUCAUAAAAUCUUACAAAAUUAAGAAAGAUGUUAAAGAAAACAUCAACAUAGGUACUAGACCUGUAGGCAUCAGUCAUCCUCGGCACCCCAGCAUUUCAUAACCUAUACGAUAUAUAUCAUAAUUAUGAUACGCCGGGGUGCCGACGGUGGCAUCAGUGGGCUUCAUUGGGGCUUCAGCUGCUCACAAAUAUAAACCUGUAUGCGACUGUGCUAUUGUUAAGAUGUUAACCCAAUGACCUAUUAACCCAUACUUCAUAAGUACAUAUAUAAGUACAUUUUGAAUACUAAAAAGUAUUGAACCAUUAUAUUUACAAGGGUUCAAUACUUGUUGAUACUUUAAAUGUUCUGAUAUCAAUCCUCACAAUUUAAAAACAAACAAACACAGAAUUAUGUAGAUAGUUUGGUGGGGGUUUUCUUCAUUUAUUGCCAAAUGUUUUAUUGUAUCUUCCAUUUAUGGCCAAUUUGUAAGUUACAUCUCUAUAGUAACAUACUGUGCCAAGUCUGUAAAUCCUGCCAAUAUUUAUGCCAAUGCAGAAGAAAAUAGAUAAUGUACAAUUUUGUCAAUCUUCAUGAUUCUUGUGUUGUAUUGUUAAUACAUUUUGUAUUAUUAACGAGUAAAUUUUCAUUGAUUUAUUUAAAUACUGGAUGAUGUUUUAAUAUUUAAAACUGCCAUUUUUAUUUGAUCCAAGGACUUUAGAUAAAUAUAUUAAGUCCUCUGUUAAAUCCGAAAGAAUAUUUGUGUGAGCAAUUGAUGAAUAAUUGUGGUGUUGUAAAAUGUCUGUGAUAAUUCCAAAUCUGUCUGUGAUUCAUGCAUUUACAUAUUUUUGUGACUUUUUUUACACUAUAUAUUGUAUUAAAAUGGGAAGUGACUCGAUCACUCCUAUCUGAA